AUGAUGGGAUCAAGGGUAUCCGGCAAGGAGCUGGUCCACCAGCAGCCAUCGCGGGACGAGUUCCACCGCCUGUCCGAAGACCAGCGCAACCAGAUUACCGAGGCGUUUACUGUCUUUGAUGCCGACAAGGACGGCCGCAUCGACUACCACGAGUUCCGCUUCAGUCUCCGCGCGCUCGGUUUCGACCUACCCAAGCAGGAGACGUUCUCGUAUCUGACAAAGUACGCAAUACCGCCGACCGCAUGGCCGCGCGAAAAGGAAUGUGCGCCUAUCUGGCGCGAAUUCACUCUACCCGUGUUUCAGGGCAUUGCCGGAAAGCUGAUGGCAGAGCGCGACCCGGAUACCGAGUGCCGACGAGCCUACCAUCUGUUUGACACCGAGGGCAAAGGCGUGAUCACGGUGGAGGACUUGCGGCGGGUGAUGAAGGAGAUCGGGCAGUCGAUGGAGGAGAGCGAACUCGCGGCAAUGAUUAGGGAAUUUGACGCAGACGGCAAGGGAGGUAUCAACGAAGAGGAAUUUGUCAAGGUCAUGAUGGCCAAGCGGCAGCUGUGA